CGCCUGUAAUCUCAACAAGCUACGGUUCAAGCUCACUCCGACUGCCUAGUUCAAAGCACUGAAUCGAAUGGGAGUCAUUGUAUUCACCUUAUACGGGCUAUUUAUCAUUUCUUUAUCUACAAUAUGGUCUCAUGAGACAUCUACCAUUCAAGACGGUUCGCUUCUUGGUGAGAAGAGAAAGAAAUGUUUUCUCACCUAGAUGAAACCUAUAAACACCCUUAUCUUCAAAUAGUGUUUUUUUCUGUACCAGCAUGGACUUCAUGCACGACAUAGAGAAAGGUUCCAUCGAACAACAAGGAGUCACUGGACGCCCUCCCAUCCAACUUACUCCAGAGCAAUUCGAGCGGCUCUUUCUCGCUCCCCACCCUGAUACUGGUAAUUCUUCCGCCUAUAGGCUUGGGGUGCAGCGAUUCGGAAACCCGACACCACUUGCGAUGAUUGCAUUUCUUCUCGUGCAAGCACCAACUGCGUGCAUCCAGAUGGGAUGGGGAGGUUCUACUACAGCGGCCAAUGCUGUUCUUACAGGACCGUAUUAUCUAUUGGGUGGGCUUGGGUUGGUUAUCUCUGGCGUAAUGGAAUGGAUCAUAGGCAACACUUUUUCCUCUGUCGUAGCUAUAACUUUUGGCGGAAACUGGCUGGCUCUCGCUACCAUCACGGACCCCGCACACGGAAUAGCCUCGACAUUCCCUAGCGGUAUCAACUCGCCAGAAUACAACAAAGCAUUAAUGUUCUACUUGGCAUUUUGGACGUUUCUGACUUCUGUUUACUUUGUUGCAAGUUUGAGGAGUAACAUCGCUUCUGCGGGCGUAUUCUUCAACAUCUCAUUCGCUAAUGGUCUCAACGCUGCAGGAUAUGGAGAACUAGGUGAUGGGAACCAAGUCCUUGCAGACGCCCUUUUCAAAGCGGGAGGUGCAUUCGAAUUUGUUGUCGUUUGCGCUUCGGGGUAUCUUUUUGUAGCGUUGAUGCUUGAGUCCGUAGAGAUGCCUUUCAGGUUGCCGCUCGGUGACCUGUCGAAUGUAUUCACCAAGAAGACGAAAUUAUCGUGAAGUUGUGGAUUUAUAGAGCGUUACAGAAUCUACUAGCAUCAGUCACCAUAGUCAUUUGCACGUCCAGAAUCAAGACCAUGCUCUGACUCGAUGCAUUUCAUGUACAUGAGCCUCUUCCUCAAAGAGUCAACGUCCUCGGCCGUAGUUU